AUUGCCAACUACAAAAGUCCCUCGUGUGGCUCCUCCGGCUUGGGUACGCUAUGCUAUAGUCUGCACGCAAGAACCUUUCUCAAAUACCCUCUUGUCGGCUCCCGAGCAUCGUCAGCUCAUCCCCGUCCAGCAUCCCCGCAAUGCGCGCUCCGUCUCCGCUUCUGCGGAGCCUGCGAUCCAAACCACCCGCCCUUCCCUCACGCUGUCUUCUCGCGCGACAACGCCCAACAAGAUCACCCUUCCUCUCAACCACCAGAUGUGUUGCUAGCUACACACAUCCUCAUCAUGCAUCUGCUAUCUCGGUUCUUCCCACGGCAGUGGACACCUCGUCCUCCGAUUUCAAGGACAACGCCCAGCAAAUGCAGGAGCUCCUCGAUCGAAUGACCAAUCUCCACAGCACCAUAUCCCAAGGAGGCCCGCAAAAGGCAAAGGACAAACACCUCGCUAGAGGGAAGAUGCUUCCCCGCGAUCGAGUCACCGCCCUCAUCGACCCAGGCACCUCGUUCCUGGAACUCUCUCCCCUCGCAGGCCACGAAGUCUACUGCGACGACGUCCCCGCAGGAGGUAUCAUCACAGGGAUCGGAACAGUCGAAGGGGUCACCUGUAUGAUUGUGGCCAAUGACAGCACUGUCAAAGGAGGCACAUACUACCCAAUCACGGUCAAAAAGCAUCUCCGCGCACAGGCAAUUGCGCAGGAGAACAAACUCCCCUGCCUCUACCUCGUCGAUUCUGGCGGCGCCAAUCUCCCUCACCAAGCAGACGUCUUUCCAGACAAAGAACACUUUGGCCGCAUCUUUUUCAACCAAGCUCGCAUGAGUUCCCUGGGCAUCCCCCAAAUUUCCGUUGUUAUGGGUCCCUGCACAGCCGGGGGAGCGUAUGUUCCCGCUAUGAGCGACGAGACCAUCAUCGUCGAGAACCAAGGCACCAUCUUCCUGGCCGGACCUCCUCUCGUCAAAGCUGCCACGGGCGAGGAAGUCUCCGCCGAAGACCUAGGUGGUGGCCACCUCCACAGCACAAUCUCAGGUGUGACAGACUACCUCGCCGUCGACGACGCCCACGCCAUCAUCCUCGCCCGCAGAUCCAUCUCCAACCUCAACUACCCCAAGACCAGUCUUCCACUCCAGAACCUUCCUAGCGAUGCCAUCAAAGAGCCCCUCUAUGACCCAACAGAGCUAAACGGCAUCGUGGGUACUAACCUUCGUCGCCAAAUCCCCGUCCACGAAGUGAUCGCCCGCAUCGUGGACGGCAGUGAAUUUGCCGAAUUCAAGCGCGACUACGGCAUCACUCUCGUCACUGGUUUCGCCCGGAUCUUCGGGCACCAGGUCGGCAUUGUCGCCAACAACGGUAUUCUUUUCUCCGAAUCCUCUCUAAAAGGCGCACACUUCAUUGAGCUCUGCGCACAACGCAAAAUUCCCCUGAUCUUCCUCCAAAACAUCUCCGGCUUCAUGGUCGGUGCAGAUGCGGAGAAGGGUGGAAUUGCAAAGAAUGGUGCAAAGCUUGUCACGGCCGUGGCGUGCGCAGACGUCCCUAAGUUCACAGUCGUAUUCGGUUCCAGCGCCGGCGCGGGAAAUUAUGGAAUGUGUGGCCGCGCCUACUCCCCUCGGUUCUUAUUCAUGUGGCCCAACGCCAAAAUCGGCGUCAUGGGCUCGGAGCAACUCUCCGCCGUCAUGGAAGCUGUUGGCCGGACGGCGGAUCCGGACUUGAAGGCUCGGAUUGAUCGCGAGUCGGAGGCAGUCUUUUCGUCGGCCAGACUGUGGGAUGAUGGUGUCAUUCCUCCGGCGCAGACGAGACGCUUCCUGGGCCUGGGGCUGGCGGCUGCCGUGGGUGGGAAGGUGGAUGAUGUCCAGACUCGGUUUGGGGUGUUCCGGAUGUGAGGUACAUUUAGUAUAGGCCAUGGUACUACCACAGGGAAUCUUUCUAUUGAUUUACGUCCUGUGCAUCGUUUAAGAUUUAUAUUAUCUACCAUUAACUUGUUGGCACUUACCGGUCCCUCAGAUGAGUGGUUCUUUUGCAGUGUGAGUAGCUCUAGCAAUCAUCUGCAUUCUGAGCCAUGUCGACUGAAACAGAAUUCUUUUUCAAGGUUCAACUUGAAUACUGAUAGCGUUGUCUAUUGUCAGAAAUAUUCUUAAAUGACAAUGCUAAAUACAAACGGCAUAUUUUGACAUAGAUGUCUGCACCCCUUUUUUCAACCUGAAAGGAAAGGGGGAACUAGGCCUGUUAUUCUCCAGUCCAGAUAAUUUACAAAUGCGAUUGACUAGUAUGAUUGGCCUCCC